UAAAGAAAAAUUGAGACUGGCGAGCCAAGCGAGAAAAGUGAAUGUUGUGUCGCGAAUUGUAUUCACAAACCUUCCUAACCUCGUAUAGGCUGGGCGUCCCAAGCAGUCGUUCUGCAGCUGACUACUGAACUACUACAAAACUGAAAAAAAAGAAAUAACAGCGCGCAAGUUCGGUGAAGGCAACCAAGAAGAGAAAUACAAAAUUGAAGAAAAAAAUAUAUAACUGUACAGUGCGACUAGUGCAAGUUCAUCACAAUGGCAUUCCGUGUUGCUGGACUCUUUCUAAAAAAAGAGCUUACUGCUCCCGUUAAACAGCAGUUGCGCCUGCUGAGCACUUCGAACGCCACCAGGGCUCAGUUUUUAAGCAAUUCGCCCAAUACAGCGCUGGACAAGAGCAUACUCCAGCGUUAUAAGAAUCUUGAGACUCCUGCGAACCGUGUGCAAGCUACAUACCUUUGGAUCGAUGGAACAGGCGAGAACAUACGUCUAAAGGAUCGCGUACUUGAUAAAGUACCCAGCUCAGUGGAGGAUCUACCUGACUGGCAGUAUGAUGGCAGCUCAACUUAUCAGGCACAGGGUGAGAACUCGGACACAACACUAAAGCCGCGAGCCGUUUACCGUGAUCCUUUUAAGCCUGGAAAGAACGACAUUAUUGUCAUGUGCGACACUUAUAGUGCCGAUGGAAAGCCAACGCCCUCAAACAAACGUGCUGCCUUCCAGGAUGAUGUUAAUAAGAUUGGCGAUCAGGAGCCGUGGUUCGGCAUUGAGCAGGAGUACACACUGUUGGAUGUCGAUGGUAGACCCUUCGGUUGGCCCGACAAUGGUUUUCCGGCACCACAGGGACCCUACUAUUGUGGUGUAGGUGCUGAUCGUGUCUAUGCUCGCGAUCUUGUGGAAGCUCAUGCUAUUGCCUGCCUAUACGCUGGAAUCGAUUUUGCUGGAACAAAUGCCGAGGUGAUGCCAGCCCAGUGGGAAUAUCAAGUUGGUCCUAGCAACGGCAUGAAAGCCAGUGAUGAUCUCUGGGUUUCACGCUAUAUUCUCCAGCGCAUUGCUGAGGAAUACGGCGUCGUUGUCACCUUCGAUCCCAAGCCCAUGGAGGGACAGUGGAAUGGAGCGGGAGCUCACACAAAUUUCUCGACAAAAGCAAUGCGUGCUAAUGGUGGCAUGAAGGCAAUCGAACGGGCGAUUGAGAAAUUGAGCAAACAGCACGAGCGUCAUAUCAAGGCAUACGAUCCCAAGGAGGGUAAGGAUAAUGAGCGUCGCCUGGUCGGUCGUUUGGAAACUUCCAGCAUUGACAAGUUCUCGUGGGGCGUUGCCAAUCGUGCCGUUAGUGUUCGGGUUCCUCGUGGCGUGGCGACAGCUGGCAAAGGUUACUUUGAGGAUCGACGUCCAAGUUCCAACUGCGAUCCUUAUGCUGUCUGUGGUGCGUUGGUGCGUACGUGUCUAUUGGAAUAGGAGAAUAUUUAAGAGAUUAACAGCACUUUGUGGGCGUUCAAUUUUCAAUGUAAAUAUAUACACAAAUAUUAUACAGAGCUGAAUUUGCAGCAGCGUUUGGUCCAUCUGUAUAACUUGGGCUAUUUUUCGAUUUGAGUAAAAUUAAGAAUUGUUGCUUGUGUGUAAGAAGACAAAAAAAUAUAUUGUGAGAUGAAUAAAGUGGCUAGAUUCUAAGUAAAGCAAGCAAA